GCCGCGCCACUCCCGGUGCCGGCCCGGUCCGUCCCGUCGGUGCGGAUGGCGACGCGCGGCGCGGGGCCGUGGCUGCUGCUGCUGCUGCUGUCGGCGGUGCUGUGCGCGGCUGCGGCCGAGCCCCGCUGCCCGUCCUGUGCGGCCGGAGCGGAGCGGCGGCUGCUGGAGGAAGCGGCCAAGCGGCAGCUGCUGGAGAAGCUGCGGCUCCGGGAGCGGCCGCGGCUCGUUCACGCCGUGCCCCGCGCCGCCGUGGCCCGCGCCCUGCGGCGGCUGCAGGCGGGCAGCACCCUCCGGGGCCCCGACGACGACGGCGAGGAGCAGGGCUACGAGAUCAUCAGCUUCGCGCAGCCAGAGACCACGUCUCCCUCUCGCUUGGGGCUGCAGUUCCAGUUCAGCCGCAGCCAGGACCAGGACGUUCACAUCCUGCAGGCUCAGCUCUGGCUCUACCUCCGAGUCCCCCGGGAGCCAGCAGCCAGCCUCACCCUGCGGAUCUUCCUGGCUGGUGGGGAGGGGGAUUCGGUGGGGGGCAACCGCACGCUGCUGACUGAGAAGCACCUGAGUGCACGGGGCAGUGGUUGGCACGCCUUCACCCUCCUGCCUGCCCUGCGGAGCUUCUUUGGGGGAGAGCAGAGGACCCUGCGGCUGGAACUGGAAAGCCGCGGGGAUGGGGGUGAUAUGGCCAUAGUCAACGGCAGCUGGUCCCACCAGCCCUUCUUGGUGGCCAAAGCAAAGGUGAGAGAACCGGGUCACCACGUGGCCAAGCGCAGCCUCCGCUGCAGCCAGAACUCCAACCUCUGCUGCCGCAAGGACUACUACGUGGAUUUCCGAGACAUCGGUUGGAAUGACUGGAUCAUUAAGCCUGAGGGCUACCAGAUAAACUACUGCGUGGGCCAGUGCCCCCUACACGUGGCCGGCAGCCCUGGGAUGGCCUCUUCUUUCCAUACAGCCGUCUUCAACCUCGUCAAAGCCAACAACGUCCAGGCAUCGGGGCACUCCUGCUGUGUGCCCACACGGCGCCGGCCGCUCUCUGUCCUCUACUUUGAUCGCAACAGCAACAUCGUCAAGACUGACAUCCCUGACAUGAUCGUCGAUGCCUGUGGCUGUAGCUAGGGUUGAGGGGGCUGUGCUGGGUACCCCGUUCUCCAGGACUGUCUCUUUAGGGGUGGGGGGAGAUGGAGAGCUCCCUUGAGCUCAGGCUGUGGAGCAAUGGACUCCUUUGGAAAGGGUGGGAGGGAGGGAGAGGGUCUCAUCAGAGGGAGCAGGGAGUCUCCAGAGAUGACCUGGAGUCACACAGGGCACAGCAAAGGCUGCAUCAGGCUGCUGAGUGUGAGCUAGGGGUGGUUGGUGGCUCUGAGCAUCCCUGCUCUGACUGGCAGCACCCCUCAGUUCCACGCUGACCCCAUAUUUUGGUCUGUGGGGUGAGGGACCCCAUCUUUGCUCACAUUCAGAGUGGCUGGCGACACUUUGGGACUCAGCCUCCUUGAGAGCAGAGUGGAAAGUGGGAAUGGGUCUCUUUCCUCCAAGUGGGAAACUGGAGGAUGAGAGGCAGUCCCGCUCUUCCCCCCUACUGCAACAAACCUUCCUGCAUCACGUUUGGGAUGGCUGGAAUCAGGCACAAACAACAGCCCCGGAAGAAGAGGAUGGGGGGGAUGACUUUGUCAAGGACCCCCAAACGGCAGUGACUGGACACAGUGGAGGGUGACCUGGCCUCCUGACCAGGUCCUCUGUGUUUCCCUAUCCAUUUCCCUGGUGUCUGUGCUUUCCUUCCCUGCUGCCCGCCCUCCCAGUCAGGUCUCUCCCAGCCUAGUGCCACACAAGGAGGUCUGACUCAGGCUCUGCCUCUAAGACCACACUAAGGGUACAGAUUUGUUCUUGUACCUCUAGGUUUGCAGCUAUCACUGUUUCUAUGGUAGGGGUUUCUGUGGCUGUUGGGACUCCCUGGUGCUCCAUCCUCUCUACCCGCCCCUCUGCCCUGGCCUGCCCGAUACUAACACAUGAAUGCAUCCACAUGGUCUGUGCUUUUAACUUAUUUCAAUACCUCGGUGCAGCUUCCCAAAUAAAUGGGUGGAAAUGCAA